AUUAUUUUGUUGUUGUUGAAAUUACGCAUUAAACAUUUCUUAAUAUAGGUGAGACUUGUAAAAAAACAAAUUUUAUUAAAUAGAUGGAGUAUUAAGUAUCUCUGGUUUGCCGGAAAUCGUCUUUGUUAACCGAUAGCUUUACAUUCUUGGUUCUAUUUUCUAAAGAGUAAGUAAGCUAUAUAAAAAAAAGAGUAAAUAUAUAUAGAACAAUCAGGGUCAGUAAGGCAUCACGUCACGUGUAUAUAUAUAAUAUACUCAGCCUCGAAAUGUUGUUUCUGUAUCCUCUCCAUCAACAAUGUCAGGACUGAGAUUGGAUGGCAAGGUCGCAAUUAUAACAGGUGGAGCCAGUGGGAUUGGAGCCGAAGCCGCUAGGCUGUUCACGGAGCACGGAGCUAAGGUGGUCAUCGUUGACUUGCAAGAAGAGCUUGGUCAAAAGGUCGCCGUUUCUAUCGGGAAAGACAAAGCAAUUUUUCACCGCUGCGAUGUUACAAACGAGACGGAAGUAGUGAACGCCGUUAAGUUCACCGUCGAAAAAUACGGAAAGCUUGACGUUCUGUUUAGCAACGCCGGAGUCAUGGAACAGCCUUGUAGCAUCCUCGACUUGGAUCUCAAACAGUUUGACCGAACGAUGGCGGUGAACGUUCGUGGUGCAGCGGCGUUUAUCAAACACGCGGCACGUGUGAUGGUGGAGAAAGGUACGCGUGGGUCCAUCAUCUGUACAACGAGCGUUGCGGCGGAGAUCGGUGGUCCGGGGCCUCACGCGUACACGGCGUCGAAGCACGGGCUUCUCGGGCUAGUUAGAACGACUUGUGGCGGGCUGGGGAAGUACGGUAUUAGAGUCAACGGUGUUGCACCGUACGCGGUGGCGACGCCGAUGAGUAGCCACGACGAGGAAACGGCGAGGAUGGUGGAGGGAUAUUGCGCCACAACUGGGAUUCUGAAAGGUGUGGUGCUCAAGGCUCACCACGUGGCUCAAGCGGCUUUGUUUUUGGCUUCGGAUGAUUCGGCUUACGUUAGCGGCCAAAAUCUGGCGGUUGACGGUGGUUACAGCGUAGUUAAACCCCUCUUGGAUGGCAAAAUCGUAAUUAUAACAGGUGGAGCCAGUGGUAUUGGAGCUGAAUCCGCUAAGCUGUUCUCUGACCACGGAGCUAAAGUGGUCAUAGUCGACGUACAAGAAGAGCUAGGCCAAAACGUAGCCGUUUCAAUCGGUGAAGACAGAGCCAGCUUUUACCGUUGCGAUAUAACGGAGGAGACGGAAGUGAAGAACGCCGUUAAGUUCACCGUCGAAAAGCACGGAAAGCUAGAUGUUCUGUUCAGCAACGCCGGCGUCUUGGAUCCGCCGGGAAGCAUCCUCGACCUGGAUCUCGAACGGUUUGACCGAAUAAUGGAGGUCAACGUUCGCGGCGCGGCUGCGUUUAUCAAACACGCGGCACGUGCAAUGGUUGUGAAGGGCACACGUGGGUCAAUCGUAUGUACGACGAGCGUCGCGUCGGAGAUCGGUGGUCGAGGACGUCAUGGGUACACGGCGUCUAAACACGGGCUUCUCGGGCUGAUUAGAUCGGCGUGUGCCGGAUUGGGUAAGUACGGCAUUAGAGUAAACGGUGUUGCACCGUACGCGCUGGCGACGCCGAUGACUAGCCACGAUGAGGAAACGGCGAAGCAGGUAGAGGAAGAAUUUGGCGCCAGGGGGAUUCUCAAGGGUGUGGUGCUUAAUACUCACCACGUGGCUCAGGUGGCUCUGUUUUUGGCUUCUGAUGAUUCCUUUUACAUCAGCGGUCAGAAUUUGGCGGUGGACGGUGGUUAUACUGUCGUUAAGCCAAUGUAA